ACGUUUCAGCUCCCCGCGCAUAUAAAUAACCGAUUUUGAAAUAGCUCGUUGAGAGAACAAAGAGAAAGCUUCUUGGAGAGAGAGAUAAAGAACGAUUCAGUUUGUUGAUCGAUCGUCUCUAAGAAUCAUCGUUCAGGGUUUGAAGGUUUAGGGAUGGCGAGGAGAGUCGAGGGAAGGAACAGGUUCAGAGACUUCUUUCUAUGUUCGCUCCCAGUUGCAUUCAUCAUGGCGUUUGUCUACGUUCUCGUUUCCUCUUCCAUCUUCGGCUUCUACGCUCCUCACAUCCAAUCACCCUUUGAUAAUAAAGAGAGUAACUUCAUCGACAAGGAUCUUGGCUGGAGAGAAAAGGCGGCUCUUGAAUCGUUUCCCUCUCUUUUCUCAAAAGAGAUGCUUGAUGCUCUCAAUGGUACUGCUACAACAUCCGAUUCGAAUCCUUUGAGCAUAGAUGCAAUCAGGAAGAAAGAUCCUUCUUUGUCAUGGAGAGUAGAGGACGAAGUUGAGAGUUCUGAGGAUCAAAUGGAUAAUAACUUCGGUCACGGGACCUGGACAAGAGAAGGAGGAGGCCAAGUGUUGAACGAUACACCAGAGAAGUUGUAUCAAAGGAGGAUGAGACAGGAGAGAAGAGAGAAACGUGCAAGAGAUCUAAUGAACAAAGAUAAUCUCCAAGCCCUUGAGAAGGCAGCCAUCCAACGUUCCAAGUCCAUCGACUCCGUAGCACCAGGAAACUACAGCAUCUGGAGAAACGAGUAUCACAAGAGCAAGAGCUUUGAAGAUCUGUUGCAUCUCAUGCAAGACCAAAUCAUCAUGGUGCGAGUUUACAGUAGCCUUGCUAAAAUGACCAACAACCUCGCCUUGCACAAAGAGCUAGAAGCAAAGCUAGCAUUGAUGGAGGAAGAACAAGAAGAAUCAACUAAUAUUGAUCAACAACAAAGAGUUCUUGAUACAAUCAGAGACAUGGGACAGCUGUUAUCUAGAGCAAAGGAGAAGCUAUAUGAUUGCAACUUGGUGACAAACAAGCUGAGAGCAAUGCUACAAACAGCUGAAGAAGAACUCGUCUCCACACAAACUCAUACUACUUUCUUGAACCAGCUAGCUUCCAAAUCAAUCCCACACGCUAUCCACUGCCUCACCAUGACCUUGAACCUAGAGUACUCUCUCCUCCCUGCACCAAUGAGACACUUCCCAAGAAUGGAGAACUUGGAGAAUCCAGAUCUCUAUCACUACGCUCUCUUCUCUGAUAAUGUUUUGGCUGCAUCGGUUGUUGUCAACUCCACAGUCACCAACGCAGACGAUCCUUCCCUCCACGUGUUCCACAUCGUGACUGAUAAACUCAACUUCGGAGCCAUGAGCAUGUGGUUCCUCCUAAACCCUCCUAAAGAAGCAACGGUCCAAGUCCAACGGUUCGAAGAUUUCUCUUGGCUCAACUCGUCUUACUCACCAGUACUUAAACAGCUCGAGUCAGAGGCCAUGAAGGAGUUUUACUUCAAGACGGAGAGGUCAGAGUCUGCUGAGUCAGGAGCCGAGAGUCUCAAGUACCGUUACCCUAAGUACCUCUCCAUGCUAAACCACUUGAGGUUCUACAUCCCCAAGAUCUUCCCUAAGCUGGAGAAAGUACUCUUUCUUGACGACGACGUGGUUGUUCAGAAGGAUCUAACUCCCCUUUGGUCGGUUGAUCUCAAAGGGAAAGUCAACGGGGCGGUGGAGACGUGCGGCGCAAGUUUCCAUCGCUUGAAGAGUUACUUAAACUUCAGUGAUCGCCACGUGUCGGAGAGGUUUGAUCCGGAGUAUUGCGGGUGGGCUUAUGGGAUGAACGUGUUUGAUCUUGGGGAGUGGAGGAAGCAUAACAUCACAGAAACUUACCACUUUUGGCAGAACCUGAAUGAGAACAGGACGCUGUGGAAGCUUGGGACGUUGCCGCCGGGGCUGAUGACGUUUUAUAAUCUGACGGUACCGCUUCAGAAGAAAUGGCACUUGCUUGGAUUGGGGUAUAACAGAGAGAUCGAUGUGAAGAAGAUUGAGAGGUCAGCGGUUAUACAUUUUAAUGGACACUCGAAGCCGUGGACGGAGCUGGGGAUAAGCAAGUAUCAGGCGUAUUGGACGAAGUACGCUAGUUUGGAGCAUCCUUACAUCUCUAGCUGCAGGCUGUUGGAGUGAUGAAGAAGAGGAGAGGAUCUCGUUAGGUGUACGUAAAUAAA